AUGGUUCUCGUUCCGGGUCUGCUGCCGCCUUCGCGCGAGAAUUGGGUCAUCAUCAACAACCUCUGGCAGUUCUUCCCCGUCGUAACCGGCAUCCAAUGGCUCAUCGACUACUACCCCCAGGGCAAGACAUCGGUCGAGUCGCGCUUCAAUCUGCCUGGAAAAUGGGCUUGGGCUAUCAUGGAAGCUCCAGGCUUCAUCACUCUGCUCUACAACAUGAAUGCGCUGCCCGCUGAGCUUGGUCUGGGUCCUCUGCCUUGGGGCAAUUGGGUCAUGGCUGCCCUUUACGUACGACUCUCCUUGGUCUCACGACCUCUGAUACUCGCAGCUAACAUGAUCUUUGCANNGUCUAUUCACUACGUCUACCGCGCCAUUCUCUCGCCGCUCUUCCUCAACCCGAGCAUGUCGCCCAUCCACCCCUUGGUCUUCGUCUCGGCUCUAGCCUUCAACCUCGUCAAUUCGCUCUGUUUGUCCGGCUGGCUCGCUGGCUAUGGUCCCACCACCGUCUACGAUUGGGCCGGCCGCCUCUACUGGAUCGAAGCCGGUCUCGUCAUCUGGGGCUGGGCUCUCCUCGGCAACAUCUUCCACGACGACGACCUCCGCGAGAUCCGGCGUUCUGCUCUGCGUCGCCAGAAGGAGCAAGCCAAGAAAGACAACAAGCCCAUCGAGGGUGUGGAGAAAUUCUACAUGAUUCCUAAGAAUGGUUUGUUCCAUUAUGUGCUCUUCCCUCACUACCUUUGCGAGUGGUUUGAGUGGGCUGGCUUCUGGAUGAUUGGAGGUUUGGCAUGUACGCCGGCUAGGGCUUUCCUCUUCAAUGAGAUUAGCACUAUGUUGCCUCGUGCUUUGCAAGGAAGACGUUGGUACAUCCAGAAGUUUGGAAAGGAUAGAGUUGGUAACCGUAAGGCUGUCAUUCCUGGCCUCAUCUGA